ACACAUUUGGAUGAUGCAUGAGCAAUUAACUUUUCAUUCUCAGGAAUAUUAAACACUGGCAUUGAAAUGUAGAACAAUAAAUAAAAUAUUUUAGAUAAAAAAUAUGAAUAAAACAGCCUCAGGGUCUGUUCACAAAAAAUGCAACAAAUAUUAAACAUUUGGCACAGAGGUUUAAAGAGGCAAUAUACUGACAAUCAAGUUUCCUGUUAGUUAAGAAAAGGUGCAAAGUAACAACAUUAAUAACAGGACAACAAGUCGAUCAAAGCAACCUGUUUUGCAUCAAGAUUCAUACUGCCUAUCAAAGGUCUGCAGCAUUUCUUUAAACGCUGCUUUCGCAAUAUGUUGGAUGGCUGCAUAUUUGCAUCGUUGAGCAACGGCUUUGUUCACUCAUUCAGUGCCAAAAACGUAUUAAUAUAUUUUCUUUUUAAAUCUGAACGUUCAGUGCCAAGAACGUAUUUUUAUGAAUACAACCAGGAAAUGGCUGGCGGUCUUCUGCUGUCACAGUCGAACUAGUUGAAGCAUUUUACACUCGAACAGAUAAUGUAUAUUUAUAGAUUUUGCAACGUACAGUACAUGUUGUAGUGGUAAGCAGAAGUAUGUGUGUAUUAUAAAUGUGACUGAGUACAACAGAGAUCUUGGAUGUAUGAAGAAGACCAAGUUCUCCAUAUAUGGGAUGCCUCUGAACAACAGAAUCCAUGUGUGACAUGAUAGCUGUUGACGUGCUUCACUCGCAGCGAGUGUAUAUCGAUGGAGGAGUUGCGCGCCCACGCCACCGACUGGACGCAGCACAUGUCCAAGGACUUCCGCAUCCCCAACCCCUUGGAGUUCAACGACCCGUUCCUCCUGCAGCGCCGGCGCUGGAAGCGAAGCGAGCGUCGCCGCAUCCGCCGCGGGGCCCACGUCACGCUGGGUUACUGGGCCCGGGGCGGCUCCGAGAACGGACACCUCCGCGGCCGCUGGGGCGGCCCGUCCGGCUCCGUGAGCCACCUGGAGGGGCUCUGCUCCUCCCUGGAGAGGACGAUGAUGACCAAGCCGAGGGGGAGGCUCGGCGGCGGCGGCGGGACGAUGCCGAGGACGAAGCCCUCCGAGCCGUCUGCGGUUUUGCGCCAACAGGCGCUGCGUCGCUCCUUACCUCACCUGCUCAUGCGUUCCUUCUCCCUUCCCGCCGCUCCGUCCGCAUUCGAGUUGGACUCCCCUGAAGGCGGCAUGCAGGAGGGCUCCCUCUCAGGAUCUGAUUUUGACUCCAGAUCCGACGUCUCCUCCACGUCUUCGUCCUUCUCGGUUCUCCGGAAGCUCGGGGCUCACCGUGCGGUCGAAGCUGGAGGAGACAAAAUGAACUCAGAAGAGGAAGACAGACGCGUUGAAAACAAACCUUCACCUGACCCAAGUUCCCUCCCCCCGUCGGCUUCCCUCCCUCCCUACUCCACGGGCCUCCUGGACUUCUUCGGCGAGAACCUGGCAUACAUCGACGAGUCGUCGGACGCGCUUAGCGAGCGCGGCGACGAGACAAGGCGGCACCUGCGGAAGCCCAAGAGGAAGAGCCUGAGGAGCGUGAAGAAAGAACAGGAGCGGAGCCCCCCGCAGACCAGGAGGCCCAGCGGGGACAUGCAGCCACCGUCCAAUCCGCCCACGCCGCCUCCGGACUCGCCGCUGACUCACACGGACUCGCCACAGACACUCUGACAUUUCUCUCCUUGUGCCUUUUGUGAAGAAAAACCUUUCAGGUUUACAAUGUCUCACCAACGAUUUUUGAAUGUCUGCGCAGGUUCUCAGUCAUCCAGGUCACGUAAUCUGAAGGGGUUGAUUGGAUGCAACUGGAUUCUUCCUGGUUGUUGAAGACGAUUCACCUUUAAUCCAAAAGGCUUCUUCAGUUGUAAAUGUUAGCUCUAUUUAUUCCUUUGGAUGGAGUUUCCCCGUGGGGUGGUCACAAUAGGGCUGUUAUUAUUCUUGCCAGGCGUGGCUAGUGAAUGACCGUCCUCGCGUCCUGCAUACCAACCGGUCGUUCACCUGCCCGGUAGCAAAACAGCUCCUUCGUAGACAAUUUACCCAUGGAAUGAGACCAUCUUUUUGUGGGAACACACCCACCAGAGAUAGGAACAAGGAGACGUCGAAUAUAAAAUUCCCACAAACCAAAAGAGCCCAGUUGCCUCCAUUCAACCUUCGUGGACGACUUGUGAAUGUUUGAAGUGAAAGCACUGCAGCCUACACCCACGUGUCUUUGUGAUGUCACCUUUUUGUGUGGGUGUACUUUUAUUUGUGUAAAUUAAAUGAGACAAAUCAUGGGCAGCAUGGUGAAUGCGCGAAUAGCAUGUGUGCCUCGCAGUUCUGAGGCAUGUAAAGUUCACUAUACUGUAAUUUUUGAGACAGUUUUUCAAAUUGUAAAAAAAAAAAAAAAAAAGAAAAAAGAAAAUGUCGCCUUUAAAUAUGAAUGCUUGACUCAGCAUUCGCACAAUGACGCACUGAGCCACAAAAAGCCGCUUCCUUCCACAGACGUCCUUGUGUGUUGAACACAAGCGCGCGUGUGUGCAGACGCGCUGACCUCGGCGAGUCCUCGGCGACCUCGCCGCCGCUGCGGUCUGGACCGGAGCGUCUCGCUUACACGCGGCCCCGAACACGCUAACAAGAGAGGAGAGGAGGCCAUUAUGACACUUGCGUCCGAGGCAGCCGCACAUUUCAUCAUCCGCUGACAGCGGCAUGGAAGUCACCAGGGCCUUACACUUGAUGAAUGUUUUAGCGUUAUCAUUGUCGUAUUUUGUUGUGCGUGCCGACGAUAAAAUGAAACACCAGCUUGCCACGACUCAAUACUAACUAUGACUUAUAUGACAUAUAUGUAGGCCUUUUUUUAUUUUUACGAGCUGCAAUAAAGUGCUGCCUUUAAAAUCCGUGCCAGCACGCCCUCAAGUGUUUAAAAAGGGAACUUGUGUGGCUUUGGGCCUCCGCCGGCCAGGCCUCCACUACAGGCUGCAAUAAUGCUGAGGCCACAGAAUGGACCUCCUCACCCUCCCAUUCUCCUCCCUCAGUGUGUUUUCUGCUUGUAUAACUUUUACAUUUUGUCUUUAUUGAGCUGGUGUUUUAAAUUACUCCCUUGGAAUAAACGGUGGGCAGCA